AUCAGCACCUGAAGUCCCAACCCCCAAUUAAAUCGAUCGUCAUUUCGUCUGUCACGUCUCCCCAGAUAAAAAAAAAUCCCACAAAUGUUGAAAUUCCCGUGGAAAAUUCACCCCCGAUGAACCACGAAACCCCACCUGAUAGAAAAAAUCGCAUCGGAAGCAAUGGAGCCCUCAUCCCUUUCGAAGCAACGAUUUAACGAUCCCCCGUGUCCACAGAAGGCGGCAAAAAAUCACUCGAAUUUUUCCCCAUAACGAGCGACAAAAAAAAAAUGUCGUACCCCGACAGUCCUGACGAUCAGCUCUACCUCCUCGAGUUGACAGUGAACUCACUGCUCCUCACCGAUGAAAAACAGUACGAGUGUGACAAAAGACCGUUACUCGUAAAAAUAAAAUAUCUCGAUCUGCCAAUCUUCGUUCUGUCACCGAGGGACUUUGAUCAGUCGUCUCCAUCAGGUAACGAGAGGAAAAACGUUAGGACAGUAUUCUCAUCCGGCAUAUCCUGUCUAUUUGGUAAACGACCGAAGUCAUUGGUGCGUGAAAUGCAAACGACACAUCUUAAAAUCGGUAUAUUCUGCGCUGAUGAGACAUAUCCAAUUGCCGAAGGAGAAUUUCAAUUAUCUGGUUGUCUAUGUGAUCAAGUGUCAAUGGCAAUGAAUGAUAAAGAGCACUUGCCAAAGCCGUUUGUCAUGGGAGGUGAUCGUAGACUUGUCGAUCCGGGUGAAAAUCCAGCCGGAAGUAUUGACUUUGAGUUCAAGAUGACGUCCCUCGGAAGGAACGUUAUCACGCACUAUCACCUGAUGGAUAACGCGUUUGUGUUCAGGAGUGACCGAGAGGACGGAAAGUUUUUUGUUAGGCGACUGCUUCCUGAGGAUGACGAGCCUUGGAAGGGGGUGAAUACCCCUCCGGAGGUCGCGGAAGAGAAGCCCGAGGAGAAGCCGGUGAAGGUUAAAAAGGAGAAGAAGGGCAAGAGGAAAAAGUAAUCUCAGUGUCGUCCGGGCUUUCCGGACUACGAGGAAGAGAUUCUAAAAAAUCAGAAUUGUCCGCUAUCCGUGCGACGGGCUCGGAUCGUCGACGGAAUUCUGAGUGAACGGGAAGAAGAAAACGGCAAAAAAGAUUGUUUAAAAAAUUUUGGAAAAUUUAUUAUAUGUUAAAAAAUUCACGAUAAAUUAUACUUCACUCUCCACAUUUUAUUGUUCGAGUUCAAAUUUACUCAAAGUUAAGCAAUAAAUCGAAUUUUCCCUAA